AUCACCACUCCGUCAAUUAAACAGACUCAAAAUACCGCCCACCAUGCCCGGCUCCCUCUCCCUCUUCUCCGUCAAUGCCGUCCUCCUGAUGUCGGCCGACGACGGCUCUCGCAUCUUCGCCAAGUACUACUCGCCGCCUCACCCCCCGGCCGGGACCGCUCCCAACUCCACCGACUACCCCGGCGCCAACCCCUAUCCGACCCUGAAGGAGCAGCGCGCCUUCGAGCAGGGUCUGCUAGACAAGACGAACAAGCAGACCAGCGAUGUGAUCCUGUACGAUAACCGGAUCGUGGUCUUCAAGAUGGAGAGCGACGUUAUGCUGUAUGUGGUGGGCAGCGCCGACGAGAAUGAGGUCUUGCUGUAUAAUGUUGUGCUGUCGCUGCGGGAUGCUCUGGGGAUUCUUUUCAAGGGCGCAACCGACAAGCGCACCAUCAUCGAGAACUACGACCUCGUCGCGCUGGCCAUCGACGAGCUUAUCGACGACGGCAUCAUCCUCGAGACGGACCCCGUCCUCAUCGCCUCGCGCGUGAGCCGCGCCCCGGCCCCCGACGCGCCCAACCUUAAGAGCAUCGAUCUGUCGGAACAGGGUCUGAUGAAUGCUUGGGAGCUUGGGAAGCGUCGUCUGGCGGAGGGAUUGCGGCAGAUGUAGAGCUGUCUUAUCUCUUCUUCUUCUUUUUUCUUUUUUACAAGUGUUUGCAUCGGUGUGAAUUUCCUUGUUUUGUUCACCCUUGUUACUUAUGUUUUAUUUUUCAACUUUCCUGUGUUUAAAUCUGGCUGGUCCUGGCGCAGGUUAUUUACUCUAUUUUUUUUUUUUUUAUUGGAUUGUUUAUUCCCUUUCUGGUUUCUUUGCUGUCUGGGAUUAUAAAGAUAC